AUUUCCAAUCUGGGGAAAGACAACCUUAUCCUAGAAACAGAUUGGCUGAAAUACCAUGAUCCCUCCAUUGAGUGGAGACAAUAUGAAGUGAACUUUGAUCAGUGCCCCCAAAAUUGCCACCAGCUGUAUGGGUUCACCAAGGCAAGAAAAGAACUGCCAUAG